GGUCAACGUGGCGGCGGCGCGGCGGUGGGAGCGCGCAGGCAGACAAAGAGACGCUCGGCGGGAUGCGUUCUGACGCCAGGCUCGGACUCUUUUUCGGGGGGAAGUAAAACGAGAACAAAAAAAAAAAAAAAACAAACAAAAAGAAGAAGAAGAGGUUGCUCUUUUUCAAAUCUUUUUUUUUUUUCAGGGGGCGGGGGGAGGGCGGGGAGGGUGAAGGCGACAGGACCGCUGGACCGGCACCACUGCCACCACUUGUGCCCUCUUCUGCUCCUCCGGAUGCUCAGAAAUGGGGGAAUGGACCAUACUAGAGAGGCUCCUGGAGGCUGCUGUCCAGCAGCACUCGACUAUGAUCGGAAGGAUCCUGCUGACGGUGGUGGUGAUCUUCCGCAUCCUGAUCGUGGCCAUCGUCGGGGAGACGGUGUACGAUGACGAGCAGACCAUGUUCGUGUGCAACACGCUGCAGCCGGGCUGCAACCAGGCGUGCUACGACAAGGCGUUCCCCAUCUCGCACAUCCGCUACUGGGUCUUCCAGAUCAUCAUGGUGUGCACGCCCAGCCUGUGCUUCAUCACCUACUCGGUGCACCAGUCGGCCAAGCAGAAGGAGCGCCGCUACUCCACCGUCUACCUGACGCUGGACAAGGAGCCCGACUCGCUGCUGAAGCGCAGCGGGAUCGGCGGAGGGGGCGGCGGCGGCGGGGGCGACGACUCCGCCAAGAAGAUCAAGAACACGGUGGUGAACGGCGUGGUGCUGCAGAACGCCGACAACUCCACCAAGGAGGCCGAGCCCGACUGCCUGGAGGUGAAGGAGAUGCCCAACUCGGCGGCCGCCAGAACUACAAAGUCCAAAAUGAGGCGCCAGGAGGGCAUCUCGCGCUUCUACAUCAUCCAGGUGGUGUUCCGCAACGCGCUGGAGAUCGGCUUCCUGGUGGGCCAGUACUUCCUGUACGGCUUCAACGUGCCCUCUGUGUACGAGUGCGACCGCUACCCGUGCAUCAAGGACGUGGAGUGCUACGUGUCGCGGCCCACGGAGAAGACGGUCUUCCUGGUCUUCAUGUUCGCCGUCAGCGGCUUCUGCGUGGUGCUCAACCUGGCCGAGCUCAACCACCUGGGCUGGCGCAAGAUCAAGACGGCGGUGCGCGGCGUGCAGGCCCGCCGGAAGUCCAUCUACGAGAUCCGCAACAAGGACCUGCCGCGGAUGAGCGUGCCCAAUUUCGGCCGCACGCAGUCCAGCGACUCGGCUUACGUCUAAAGACCAGAACGCCCUCCCCCGGCCCCCCGCCGCUCCCGCCCCUCGGAACUUUGGACUAUCACGCACGCCUGCAUCCGUGUCAUGACUUUUCAACAGCGGGCAAGUUCCAUUUCCCUUUCUUCUUUCCACGCGGUUUUGGGAUUGGAUUACGCGUGCUUGUUCCCGCCGACUCCUGCAACUUCUCCCCCCCCGUUUGCAACCACGUGUUCACGACCACACACACACCGGACACUUCAUUAGGUACGUCUACCCUGUUACGACGAUCCACUUUUUGGGGGGCGGGGGGAACACAUUAUCAGUGAGGCCGACAGAUCAUAAUAAUGACCGCCAUCGUAUUUAAAGGAGUUGGGGGAAAAACACCCGAAAAGCUGGAUCCAAAAAUGUCCUCCUUUGAUUUCUUCCACCGGUAGGAUAAGUAGCGCCAUCAAAAGGAUGCAAAUAUUUACAUAUACAUAUGGAUCUCUAUAUAUCACCGCAUCCAUACUUCAGUAUUUUUGUUGCCUGUGUCACACCACUUGACCUUAAAAACUGAAAACAGCCGCUCCAUUGCUUUUCUUAUAUCAACCGUCGCUGCAAAUGCUAACGUCUGUGACUUUACCUUAACAUUUAUUUUAUUUUAUUUGAUUUGUAGGACACACCAAAGCGCCCACAGAUUUAUUAUUAUUUAUUAUUAUUAUCAUUUUUGCUUCUUUUCUUUAUGUGUAAUCAAGUGCCAUACUUGUAUAUAGACAUGAGAAAAAUGUAUACAUAUAUAAAUAUAUAAAUAAAUUCAAAACGUAUAUAAAUAAAUUCAAAACGUAUAUAUAUAUAUAUAUGAAUAUAAAAUAUUCACCAUCAAUGAGAUGCUUAUUCGCCCUGGAUGCUAAACGACGCCCAUCCCCGCCUACCCCAACUCAAUGAUUUCAAUGCAUUUAUUGUGAUUUCAAUAAAUUAAAAAAAGGCAUAUGAACUGCGUUAUUUCAACUGUGAGAAAUGAUUUUUUUAAAAAUCUCCCCUUAAUGAAAAAAAAAGCUGCAAAUAUGAAAAAUAGCACAAAGUGACGUUUUUUUUUAACCCCACACACACGCCCCACGGCAAAAAAAAUAAAAAUAAAAAAAUAAAAAAAAAUGCUCUGGUGCUACAAUUUUGCUUUGUUUUCCAAAGAAAGGUUUGAAAAUGUAUCCCCAAAAAAAGAUAUAAUAAGGAAUGA